AUGUUCCCUAUUCUCGCAGAGAACUGCGAGAAUGGAGUUCUCUUAGAGAAUACGACUGCUGGGGUCGAGGUGGUCCACCGUGACCUGAAGCCAUCGAACCUGGUAUACGCCGUGAAGGGAGGCAAGGCAGACUCGCUGCGGCUUUGCGACUUUGGAUUUGCGAAGCAGCUGCGGGACGAAAAGCAUGGUCUCCUCAUGACUCCCUGCUACACGGCCAAUUUCGUUGCCCCUGAGGUCCUCAAGCAGCAGGGCUAUGAUGCUUCCUGUGAUAUCUGGAGCCUUGGUGUCCUCCUGUAUACCAUGCUUGCAGGACACACACCAUUCGCUCAGGGUCCGGCUGAUUCCCCCAGUAGCAUCCUUCAACGCCUCGAGGCGCCUCUCGAUCUGGAGUCCGGAAACUGGGCCUCUAUCUCCUAUGCUGCCAAGGUGAGACUAACUUAG